GUCCUGCGGGUGCUGCUGCUGCUGCUGCUGCUGCUGCUGCUGCAUCCUGAGCUCCAGGUUGCCGAGUCGGUCGUUUUGCUCUUUUAGCAGUACAGACAUCUGCAGCAGUAGCUGGACAGGGUUGAUGGGGGGAGGUGGGCCUCCCAGCCCGGCUGGCGCGGCUCCGCCCGCGUUCUGGUCUCCUCCUAUUGCUGCCGGAGGCGCGUUGUUGUGUCCCGCCGCCUGUUGGUUUUCCGCCGCCCCUGCUGGCUGGUUUCCCGCUGCUACUGCCUGUCCGCCACCAUGGGGAACUGCCGCUACUGCUCCUCCUCCGCCGCCGCUGCUCUGUUGUUGGUUAGCUGCGGACGGUGGUCCACCUGGAGGCGGCGGUGGAGGCGGUGGAGGUUGCGCUGGCUGCGCUGGCUGCGGCUGCUGGGGGGGACCCUGACCCUGCUGCUGCAGGUUGUUGCCGUUGUUCAUCGCUCCGGCGUGUCUAGGACAAACUCGAUCAAAUUCGAUCAAGUCCCAAACGA